AUGUCCGCCAAACCCAUUCACGAAUUUGACGGCAAGCUCCUCUUGGCCCACUGGCUCCCACUCCUCUCACAUCCAGACCAACCAUCCAAAGAUGCUGCUCCACCAGCAUUCUUGCCCGCAUCUCGCAUGGUCCACUUGCCAUUUGACACGUCCAUCCUCGCAGGUGAAGACAAGUCUCCCGAAGCCGUACAAGUCAGAAUGGAUCGAUUCUUGAAUCAUGUCGAUCAGGCUUUCGGUGAAGCUGAAGUCCGAAACCCAUGGCUACGUGAUACUAAAUUGGUGUGCAAGCCUGAUCAGCUCAUCAAGCGUCGUGGAAAGGCUGGUUUGCUGGGUAUCAAUUUGGAAUGGAAUGCGGUUAAGGAGUGGAUUCGUGCUCGUGCUGGGAGAGAAUUCAAGAUUGAAAGAACUGCUGGUACUCUACAUACCUUCUUGGUAGAACCUCUAUGCCCACAUCCUCAAGACUCGGAAUACUACAUUUGUAUCCAAUCUGUCCGUGAAGGUGACUGGAUUUACUUUACUCACGAAGGUGGUGUUGACGUUGGUGACGUCGAUGCUAAAGCCAAGAAGCUCUUGGUCGAAGUCAACAAACCGUUCCCAAGCAGUGAUGAAAUCGCUCGUACCUUAUUGUCUGAGGGUGUAUCAUCAACCAAAACUCCAGCCUUGGUGGAAUUCAUCACCCGUCUAUAUGCAGUAUAUGCCGAACUCCAAUUCACCUAUCUCGAAAUCAACCCUCUGGUUGUCCUUGAAGACGCUACUGGAAAGACCCAAAUAUACUAUCUCGACUUGGCUGCCAAACUAGAUCAAACAGCCGAUUUUGAAUGUGGCAAGAAAUGGUCACAAGGUCUCGUAUCUGGAUACCCUACAGCUGGUCAAUGGGGUCCAACCAUUGACUUCCCUGCUCCAUUUGGUCGUGACUUGACCAAGGAAGAAGCCUAUAUCGCUGAUUUGGAUGCCAAGACUGGAGCAUCCUUGAAACUGACCGUCCUUAAUGCUAGCGGACGUGUCUGGACUAUGGUUGCUGGUGGUGGUGCUUCCGUCGUAUAUGCAGAUGCUAUUGCCAACUUGGGAUGGGCCGAUGAAAUCGCUAACUAUGGUGAAUACUCUGGCGCUCCAUCUGAAGCCCAAACAUACGAAUAUGCCAAAACCAUCUUGGACUUGAUGACUCGCGGGGCUCCUCACCCAGAAGGCAAAUUCCUGUUUAUUGGGGGUGGUAUUGCCAAUUUCACCAACGUCGCAUCGACAUUCAAGGGUGUAGUUAGGGCCUUGCGAGAAUUCGCCAAACCAUUGCUGACACAUAAAGUAAAGAUAUUUGUCCGUCGUGCUGGUCCCAACUACCAGGAAGGUCUUCGUAUAAUUAGAUCUGUAGGUGAAGACUUGGGCCUUGAUAUGCAAGUAUUUGGUCCUGAUAUGCAUGUCUCUGGUAUCGUGCCACUGGCGCUCAAGGGUUCCAAAGUUGGCAUGUCUGCCACUGGUGAACAGCACGAACCUGAAGCCAACGGACUCUUGGCUGCAUCUAUGCCACGACCUGCUGCUGGUCCUGUAUUGCCUACUCCUCAAGGCAACGGCCAUACCGAAGAACUACCACAAUCAAACGGCUCAACUGAUGCUGGUGCUGCCGCUCCAUGGUAUAGUCCCUUCACCGAAAAGACUCGAUCGUUUAUAUACGGUAUGCAACCUCGAGCUGUACAGGGUAUGCUGGACUUUGACUUUAUGUGUAAGAGGUCUGAACCCAGUGUCGCUUGUAUGAUUUAUCCAUUCGGUGGUCAUCAUGUACAAAAGUUUUAUUGGGGUACCAAGGAGACUUUGAUUCCUGUGCAUACCGCUGUUGAAGAAGCUUGUGCCAAAUUCCCUGAUGUCUCUGUAGUUGUCAACUUUGCUUCUCACCGAAGUGUCUACGAAUCAACUCGCGAGUUGAUGCAAUACCCCCAAAUCAAAACCAUUGCCAUCAUCGCUGAAGGUGUCCCAGAAAGACGAGCUCGUCAACUCUUAUGGGAAGCCAAGGCCAAAGGAAUCUUGAUUAUCGGUCCAGCAACAGUCGGUGGUAUCAAACCAGGAUGUUUCAAGAUUGGAAACACUGGUGGUAUGAUGGACAACAUUGUCUCCUCCAAGCUCUACCGUCGUGGAUCUGUCGCCUAUGUAUCAAAGUCUGGUGGUAUGUCUAACGAGCUUAAUAAUAUCAUUGCUCGCUCCACGGAUGGUGUAUAUGAAGGUGUUGCUAUUGGUGGUGAUCGAUACCCAGGCUCGACAUUUAUCGACCAUAUGUUGCGAUAUCAGGCUGAUCCAAAGGCCAAGAUCUUGCUGCUGUUGGGUGAAGUUGGUGGUGUAGAAGAAUACGAAAUCGCCAAAGCCAUCCGAGAAGGUCGUAUUACCAAACCUCUAGUAGCAUGGUGUAUUGGAACAUGUGCCAAAAUGUUCAAGACGGAUGUACAAUUCGGACAUGCUGGUUCGUUUGCCAACUCGGAUUUGGAAACCGCCGACGCCAAGAAUGCUGCUCUCCGAGCUGCUGGUGUACACGUACCCGAUACAUUCGAAGAUAUGCCAAACAUCCUACACUCUGUAUAUGCUGAUAUGGUUGGUAAGGGGGUCAUCAAAGUAGGCAAGGAGCCCGAACCACCAAAGAUCCCUAUCGAUUACUCUUGGGCACAAGAGUUGGGUCUUAUCCGAAAGCCUGCAUCGUUUAUCUCAACUAUAGUAGAUGACCGUGGACAGGAAUUGUUGUAUGCUGGUAUGCGUAUAUCUGAAGUAUUCAAGGAAGAUGUUGGUGUAGGAGGUGUCUUGUCGCUCUUGUGGUUUAGACGUCGUCUGCCUGUAUCCGCCAGCAAGUUUAUUGAGAUGGUGCUUAUGCUUACUGCCGAUCAUGGACCAGCUGUCUCUGGAGCUCACAACACUAUCGUCACUGCCCGUGCCGGAAAGGACUUGAUCUCCUCCCUCGUCGCAGGUCUCUUGACAAUCGGUGAACGAUUCGGAGGCGCCCUCGACGGUGCCGCCCAAACCUUUUCCGAAGCAUACGAUAAAGGAAUGUCACCCUCCGAAUUCGUAUCCUCUAUGCGAAAAUCCAACAAGCUGAUCCUUGGUAUCGGUCACAAAAUCAAGUCUCGAACAAACCCCGAUCUCCGAGUUGAAAUCGUCAAGGAGUUUGUAUACAAGAACUUCCCAUCCCAUGCUAUCUUUGACUAUGCACUAGAAGUUGAAAAGAUCACUACCAGUAAAAAGGAUAAUUUGAUUUUGAAUGUGGAUGGUGCUGUUGGUGUCGCGUUUGUGGAUUUGUUGCGUGGGUGUGGUGCUUUCUCGAUGGAAGAGGCUGACGAGUAUAUCAAGAUUGGUACUCUGAAUGGUCUCUUCGUCCUUGGUCGUUCCAUUGGAUUCAUUGGACACUACAUAGAUCAAAAGAGGUUGAAGCAAGGCUUGUACCGUCAUCCAUGGGACGAUAUCAGUUACCUCUUGCCAGAACGAACUGAACCUGUUCCAUCAGGCAGGACCUUGGCUGAUCCUGCAGCUACCAUUGCAAGAGGCACUGAAGGCACCUCUGCAUAA